UCCUGUGUUUUUGUGUUCGCCAAUGUUGUAAUUUUAUUAUUAUAAAUGCUUUUAGUAACCUCAAUUGAAUUGUAUGAAUGACAAAUGUAUUUUCCCAUUUUGACUUGAAAGGGAAGCAAUAUGGAUAAUACAGCAAAGCCAGUGACCGAAGAUUUUUUGAAGAAUGGUGAAAUCGAGUGGCAACCUCUUUCACUUACUUUGGUUGAAUAUCCAAAGGGCGAUUUGUUAGGCAAAUUUUUUGCCUUAACAAGUUUAGCUCCAUUUGGUAUUGGGGCUGGAUUUGUCACUCUAAUUUUAUUUCGAAGAGACUUGCAUACAAUAUCUUUCUUCAUUGGAACACUAAUCAAUGAAGUGUUAAACAUAAUAUUAAAGCAUUUAAUAUGUGAGUCUAGGCCACUGAUCAGGGGGCACCUGUAUAAUGAAUAUGGAAUGCCAUCAUCACACUCUCAAUUUGUUUGGUUUUUUAGCAUUUAUGUCCUUUAUUUCUUUGUUAUAAGGUUGCAUCAUAUAAACAAUAACAGCAUUAUAUCAGCACUAUGGAGAGUUAUUAUAGUAGGUAGCUGUUUUACUCUUGCUUUAAUUGUAAGUGCUGGCAGAGUAUAUCUUCACUAUCACACAACAGCGCAAGUAGUCGUUGGUGCUAUUGUUGGAUUUAUAUUUGCCACUGCAUGGUUUACGGUGGUUCAUAGAAUUUUAACACCACUAUUCCCACAAAUGGUGUCCCUUAAACUAUGUGAAAUGUUGAUGAUACGUGACACAACACUGAUACCCAACGUGUUAUGGUUCGAGUACACAACAUCAAGACAGGAGGCGCGCACGCGAGGCCGCAAGCUAGCUGCCCUGAAGCCUACUCAAUGACGGUACGAUUGCGCGCGCGCUGCAUGCGCCAGCGGCAACGCAAGACUGCGCGCGUGACGUAUCCUCGCCGCGGGGGUCAUCGCUCUACUUGGCGGCUUUAUUAUAUCGAGACUACAGCCAUGCUCAAUAUUAGCAUAUUGACAUACGUUGAUUUUUAGUUUGAUAAACUUUUUAGAAUUUAAUCUAUCAUGAGGUAUUUAUUUAUGGAUCUGGGAAAGCAUAUUUGCAGUGAAAAGAAAAAUGCCGGAACCCACUUUGUUUAAGUCAUUUGAAUCAGAAACUGCAUUGUAUGUAGUUGGUGAUUCUAAUUUUAAGUUUAUUUCGUAUGCUGACCAAAAUCGUUAUAAUUCUAAACAAUAUAGACAUACCGGCCCACUCACAUGCCUGGGUCUCAAAGGUUUAGGGCCGCCGCCACGCUAGCCCAUUCUUCAAGGGCGGAGACAUUCUAAACUCUUAGGCACGCAGGUUUCCUUCCCAUCAUUUCCUUGACUGUUAAAAGCAAGUAAUAUUUCAUUUCUUAAAUUGAAUAAAAUAUCUUUAAUAUAUUACAGUAAUAUUCUUUCCCACGUCGAUAUGCACUAGCAUUAAGUUUCAAAAAGAGUAAAUACUUUAUUGAACCUGUGUAUAGGUAUACCUCUCUUGUAUAGCUUCUAGUUCGUGGUACAGCUAUUAUACAGCUCCAGUGUUAUAUGUACAGCUUUACUCCCGCUAUUGGAUUACUGUACCCUGAGCAUAUUAGUAAUUAAUGUAUAGUGAGUCAACAUCGAGAGUCUCAGCAUGCGAGUGGGGGCCCCCCACUCCUCGUUUCGUUAACCUGUCAGGCAGUUGACUCACUAUAUACUCUUUACACAUAUGCCCUUAGUAUAUAACUUGUUAUUGGGUAACGAAACACAGUAUCGUCAAAGUAAAAUUGAACUUGUUAGCAUUGUUUUAAAACUUAAAAUUUCUUCAGCAGACGCUUGUAAAAAAAAAAUUACUGAAAAUGAAUAGUCGCAAAAUCUGUAUUUUGCGACUCUAAAACUAUUGAAUUAGGUACAUUUUAAUUUGACGUUAAAAUCUUUCGCCACUUGUUUACCUGUUUAUUGUUCUUACCUGUCUUACAAGCUGUAUUGAUAUUUUCAAAAAAGAUUUUCUACUAAAAAGAAAUGCAAAAAUUGUUUAAAUUUUAAACAGGUAAGAUAAAAUAGACUAUUUGUAUAUAAAUACUUGAAAAAACUUGUUAUUGUUGUUAUAAACUCUGUUCGUUUCAUAAACAGUCUAAUACGCUUAUACUACAUUGAUGGCUAGUAGGGUGUUAUAAAUAUAAGUGUUAGAGCAAACAUAAAGUAUUAAGAUAUUAAAAUAGUCGAUUAAUAGAUCAACAGUGUAUAGUGUAUCUUUCAAAGAAAUAUAAAAUUUCCCGGCCAAACUUAUUAAUCUCUACCAACUCUACUCUGUUUUGAAAGGGUCAG